CUGCAACUGCCAAUAAGCGUAAACUCAUCUCCAAUCCUCAUCCUCCAUCUUCCUCAUUCUAAGAAUAAGAAAUGGCGAAGCCCUUGUCUUUACUUGCAGUCAUCUUGAUUCAGUUGACCUAUUGUACUAUCAAUACUAUCGCCUAUACUGCUUCUGGUAAUUGGAAUAAAGGCCAUGCCACUUUCUAUGGAGGCAGUGAUGCCUCGGGAACAAUGGGGGGAGCUUGCGGAUAUGGGAACUUGUAUACCACUGGCUAUGGAACUAGAACUGCUGCUUUAAGCACUGCGUUGUUUAAUGAUGGAGCUUCAUGUGGGGAGUGUUUCAAGAUCAUUUGUGACUAUAAAUCAGAUCCCACAUGGUGUGUUAAAGGAACUUCUAUCACCAUUACUGCAACAAACUUUUGCCCUCCUAAUUACGCUCUUCCAAGCAACAAUGGAGGCUGGUGCAAUCCUCCUCUCCAGCAUUUCGAUAUGGCUCAGCCAGCUUGGGAAAAAAUCGGUGUUUAUAAAGGUGGAAUCAUUCCUGUUUUGUUCCAGAGGGUUCCAUGCAAGAAGCACGGUGGAGUAAGAUUCACCAUUAACGGGAGAGACUAUUUUGAGCUUGUUUUGAUCAGCAACGUGGGUGGGGCUGGUGCCAUUCAGUCUGCAUAUAUCAAAGGUUCAAAAACCGGGUGGAUGGCCAUGUCCAGGAAUUGGGGAGCCAAUUGGCAGUCAAAUGCCUACCUCAAUGGCCAAUCAUUGUCGUUCAAAGUCACCACAACUGACGGUGGAACUCGUAUAUUUACAGAUAUUGUGCCAUCCAACUGGGCAUUUGGACAGACUUUCUCCAGCAGUGUACAGUUCUCAUAAAUGGCUUCUGACUUGAAGGAUUGUGGAUUGAAAUUGGCUGAGGCGUGCUUGUUAUUUCAUUGAAGCAGCCCGCCACGAUUCUCUGGGGAAUCCAUGAACUCAAGGCAACUAUAGCUCUACAUAUGGGCUUUAUGAUCCGUGAAAGUUGCAGUGAUUUAUGGAUGCUCAUGUUAUAAAUUCAAACAUCGUGUGUUAAAUAGUUGGCCUAGUGUACAACAAUAAGAAAGCUAAAGCUUCAGCAUACAUAUAUAUAUUUUUUGUUUUGCAA